AUGUAUGGUGGCAACCCUCAUAUGAUUAGAGAAUUGGAAUCUGAUAUGUGGAUUGAACGAAAUAUUCCUGGUGGAUUAAAUAGUCCAUUGGGAGAAUAUAUUGAUAAUGUAGUAGGUGGAAAUCCAAACCCUACCUAUGGUCAAAUUGUUGGAGAUUAUCCUGGAGUUGGUGGAUUUGGAGGCCAUGGAUAUGGAAGUCAUGGACACGGAGGUCAUGGACACGGAAGUCAUGGACAUGGAGGUCAUGGAUUCGGUGGAUUGUCACAUGGUCAUAGAUCUAGUCAUUCACAUUAUUCCCAUUAUGGUAAUUCAUAUGGUUAUUCAAGGUAUUGA